AUGCCAUCCGUUGACACCUCUUCGCUCGCUGAUUUGCGUCAGCAAUAUGACUACAUUGUCGUAGGCGGCGGUACUUCAGGUCUGGUGGUUGCUAGCCGCUUGACCGAAGACCCCGCUGUCAGUGUGCUUGUGCUCGAGGCCGGAAGCAAUCGUGUCAGUGAUCCCCGGAUCGCUGUUCCAGGUCUCGCUGCGAGUACCUAUUUUGAUCCCGAGUUUGACUGGUGCCUCACCAGCGUUCCUCAAGAAAACCUGAAUGGACGCAGUCUCGCCGAGCCUCGCGGCCGAACCCUCGGUGGUAGCUCUGCCAUCAACCUGGGCAUGGUCAUCUACCCCAGCCAAGCAGACAUCGAUGCAUGGGAGGAAUUAGGUAAUGAUGGCUGGAAUUGGAAAUCGAUUUCGCAUUAUAUGAGAAAGUCGCAGACCUUGACUCUGCCUUCCGACGAAAUCAAGCAAGAGCUUUCCCUCCAGUACAUUGAUCCCGCAGUUCAGGGUCAAACUGGUCCAAUUAAUGUUUCAUUUGGCAAUGGGCCUUUCCCAGCUUUCAAUCAAACCUGGCCCAAGGUUUUUGAGAAUCUCGGCCACAAGUUGACAGGCGAUCCCAUGUCGGGCGUCGCAAAGGGAGCUUUCUGCGGACCGGGAAGUAUCCAUCCCGAGACUAGAGCGCGAAGUCACGCCGGGGUGGCUUACUAUAACGAAGAAGUGGCCAAAAGACCAAACCUUCGAGUUGUCACGGAAGUUCUGGUAGAGAAGAUCCUUCUUGAGAAGGAUGGCGACAAGGACGCUAUUGCUACUGGGGUCUUGUAUGCUACCAAAGAUGGUGUUCAGAAGACUUUUAGUGCCAACAGAGAAGUUAUUCUGGCCGCAGGUUCGAUCAAGACACCGCAUUUGCUCGAGCUUUCUGGUAUCGGCAACUGCGCCCUCCUCGAAUCGCAUGGCAUUAAGCCCAUUAUUAACAAUGCCAACGUCGGCGAGAACCUCCAAGAACACGGCUUCGUCCCAUUCAGUUGGGAAGCUGCCGAAGGCCAGGCAACUGGUGAAGCUCUUCGCAAUCCUGAAAUUGGAGCUGCGGCUAUGGCUGCCUGGCAACAAUCCGGUGCUGGCCCCCUUGGUCUCUGCCCUCUACCUUCCGCAUUCAUGCCACUUCCAGAAUCGCAAGAUGGCGAACUCAAUGCUCUCUUUGAUAAAUACCUCGGAGAUAAAGCCGUACCACCAGUCCUCAAAACACAGUACAAACUGCUUCGCCGAAUGCUCGAGGACAAGGAAGAACCCACAGGCCAAUAUACUAUGGCACCCUUCCAGAUACUCCCUGAGAAGGGACCUAGCCCGAAAGGAAUUUUUGGUAUGACCGAGCCAGAGAACUUUGUCAGUAUCGUUUCGGUGCUGAAUCGCCCAUUCUCCCGCGGAACUGUCCAUCUCGCCUCGCCCGAUACCAAAGCUCUCCCGGUCUUUGAUCCGGCCUUCUUCUCGCAUCCAUUGGAUUUAGAACUCCAUGCCCGCCAUGUCCGCUGGUUGGAAACACUUGCCUGGAGCGAGCCCUUGGCAUCUCUUCUCAAGACUGAUGGUCGACGCCUGCAGAAUUCAUCGCCGGAUAUGAGCCUUGAGACCGCGAGGGAAUUAGCUCGCGACCGGAUUGUGUGCCAUUACCAUGUCGUUGGUACCGCUGCCAUGUUGCCGCGUGAACAGGGUGGUGUUGUCGAUUCUCAUCUCAAGGUGUAUGGCACGCAGAAUCUCCGUGUUGUUGAUGCCAGUAUCAUUCCUAUUAUUCCUCGGGGAAAUACUCAGGCCAUUGUGUUUGCGGUUGCGGAGAAGGCUGCUGAUACUAUCAAAGGUGAUAAAUAA